AGAUCCUCAAAAAUUUGCAACGAACUACGAGAGCCGGAAGUUCUAGCUACUUUCCUGCAUUGUACGAAGAAUAAGAACUACAUCAUGGAGCAUUCUCCGCAUCAUGUCUCUGCCUCGGCCAGUCUGCGCAGCGCUGCAGUGAACAGCCUCCUUCCCACGUCGCCCGCUGCGGCUGGUGCGAGUGGCGCAGCUUCCAAUAAAGUGAGUGGCAUUUGUUCUACUUCUAUCACCACUCCCACAUCAACCGGCACGGCGGUAGGACCUUCUGUUGGAUCAUCUGGCGUUGUUGUCUCCGCGUCCUUGCAGCAGCAAGCAGGAGCUGGAGUUGUAUCAGUUUUACCCGCAUCAUCGGGAGGAGGGAACCUCAACUUUUAUUCAGCUGCCCACCCUGCUGCUGGGCCGGCCACUUCCGCUUCCCAAUCUGCGGUGCUCGCGGCAGCAGCGUCCCCGAAAACGUCGAUUUCGUCUUCGAGUUGCACUUAUCAACUGUAAAAAUGUCUGGGUCUGGAAGGGUGUAAACUUGUCAUGCAGGUUUUCCAUGACCCAUGAGGUCCGAAAUGCGGGACUUCGCGUGACAGACUCUGUGAGGUCUCUGCCAUGCGUAUCCUGCAUGAGAAACUUCCUCCCAACUUGGUCGAAAGUGGAGAGCUUUUGGGAAUUAUGCAACACAGAUUUUUGCAUGAUUGAGAUUUAGCAUGACAAGUUGGAAUCUUCCAGACCCAGACAUUUUUGCAUUUCGUAGCACUUCGACUGGAAUUAUCCAACCCACCCCAGCCUCUACUACCAGUCCCUCCCGCGGCGCGCCGUCCCACGUGUACACGACCACCAGCUCCGUGAAUAAUUCCACCUCCGCAUCAGGAGCAAAGCUCCCAAAUUUGCUAACCUCGUCCUGGUCAUCCGGAGCAAAUGCUGGCCUGGUUUCUACUUCUAGUGGGGGUGCUGCAACAGCAACCGGUGGUUGUGGUGACCGUGUACUAGUUGUUGACCACGGGGGCCUUGUCCACACGACCUCCUCGAACGGCUCUUCGCACAAGCCCAGCAUUCACACCACCACGUCGAAAAGCGGCACGACGACUGCAAAGACCUCCAUCGACGAAACAAACAGCACUACCGCGCCGGGACCAGCACCGGGGGAUAGCACAAAUUUCUUACAGCGGGAAACCUCCUCUUCGUUGCAUCACCACCAGAGUGGUACAACUACUGCAACGACCGCCCAGCUGCACCUCCAAGGUGGCGGGUCAACGACUGCUGCUGCGCCAGGUGUAGUUCCUGGCUCGUCGGCCAGCCUGGCAAAUCCGUCGCAACAUCAACAGCAGCUAUUGUUUCAGGAACAGCAGAAUAAACAGCUGGACAAACAGAUUCACUACUACAACCAAGAGGUGGCGAAGUUGCACGUUUUCAAGCAGAAGAUUCAGCACCAGUUUGAUGUGGAAUUCAAACACAUGAGCGAGAAGCUCGAAAAAAUCCAGCAGGAACGUGACGAUUUACUGCAUCAGGGUUUGUAUCCAAUGUGUACAAAAGUUCAUUGUACUCGUACAUGAAGUAGAAGUGCAGUCUAUUUUGGCAUGAUGCGCAUGGGGGAUCUGCUCUUUUACUACGAACUGAAUCUGCUUCAACAUGAAAAAAGAAUUUGUCCUCUUGUUCGACAUGCAAUACCAUUUCAGUACCAGUACGUGCUGUACAGCAUGUUUUUGCACUGCAUAGUGUGGAUGGCGAAGAGUUGACGCAAUCGCUUCAGAGGCGGCUAGCCGAUGUAAUGAAGGAGAUGUCAGCCAUGGCGGAGAUUACGAGCGAGCAGGACAAGGCGCUUACCUGGCUGAUUCAGUACCGCUUGAAAUUGGAGGAGUGGGUGGUGAAAAAGUCCGCGGAACUUGAAGUUCUGCAGGAAAAAACUUCUACUGGAACCAUUGCUGGCCCAACCAAAUCUUCCCCAGCAUCACCACCAACCUCGGUGCUCGACGCCUUGAAGAAAGAGGUCGGCAAGGAGCCGUUGCUCGCCUCUCCCGAUUGUCUGGAGGAAACCAACAGCAGCAGCACCAGCAACGCGGUGGGAGUGGCCGCUGGGACGAAUCUCCUUUUGCAAAACCAGCACGGGGCAGCUAAAAGUGCUAUCACCGGAACUACACCAAAUCUGAAUAGUCUUGCAACAGGAUUGCAGCAAGGUAGUACGUCUCCUACGUUGAACAGCAGUCAACUUAAUAACCUCGUCAACAACCGGUCGUUUUCGAAACAGAAAAUGCUCUUGCUGGACAGAUAUGGAUUGCAAAAGUGUCUGGGUCUGGAGGGUUGGAACUUGUGCUGCUAACUUUGGACUCUAAAAAAUCUGUAUUGCAUGACCAGCAAGAGGAGUCCGGUUUGUGCUACGCGUGGAGGGCAUUCGUCAUGCGGAAUAGGCAUCAGGAAGGUAGGCCUCUAAAAAUCUGUGAUGCUAGGGCUUCUAUGACCGACAUUCUGUGUCAUGCAAAUAAAACAGCAUAUACAAAUUUCGGAUUCUUCCAGACCCAGACAUUUUUACAUUUGAUAAAAGAAAACGAAGCAAGGAGAGUGACCUGUCGAUUAGCGCAAAGAACGGCGAUGCGGAGGACGACGAGGAGGGGGAUGCGAGAAGUGUGUAAAGCGUGAUGUGUUGGGGGGGUUCAUGGUGUUGAGUAAAGCUGUGACUUCCUCACCUUGCGUUCCCGCCACGGUUGGAAUACUUUGAUUUCUUGCGCUUGGAAAAACUGAUACGCUGACGCUCUCUAUGAAGUACCUGAUCGAUUUCUUAUUUUGGAUUUUCGGGAAACAACAAACACAAACUCCAGUAAAUGGAGAAAAAGAGAAAGAAAAAGUAGAGCUAUGCAUCUUGAGUAAAGUGACAACGAGAAAGGACUGUGACUACUUUCGGAAGAUUCAUUUCUUAACAAGCAAAGCCUCAGAUCGAGGAUCCGCCCGAACAGCAAACAAGGGACGAAAUGAAAUCGGGUACAUGGACAGAGAGAUAU